GAGUACAUUGUGUGGAGAAAGAGAGAGGACUUCCAGGAGAGGCGAGGAGAAAAGGAAAGGAGAGACAGGAGUGCCGAGAAAAGGAAGGAGGUCGCGCCAGAAGUGAUCUGGAAAAAGAGGGAGGAAGGCAACAUUGGGAGGGAGUUAGCUAUGGCCAGUCAGGGCGGACACCAAAUCGUUUGGAGGAAGAGAGAGAUGGAGUAGAAAAUUUUAGCGGGCUUUACUAACAAGGGUGCGUCUACCAGGAGUUGGACCAUAGCCAUAUAUUUGUAAGCUUGCUUUCUCUCCUUUAGCCAAUUGAGGUUGCAGGUGUGUGUUGUAUUAACCAACUGAAGUUGUUUGUGUCGUCACCUUGUUAGUGUGCACAGAACCCCAUGCAAUUCCCCCUUCCUGGCUGCCGAAAAGCGUUUUUUAUGGACCCGUUUCAAGCUGGACAGAGCUGGCAAGGGAGCUGUCUCUCACACAUACGCACCCACACACAUACACUCUUUCCUCAGAGCAGUAUUUCCCACACAUACACAUGUAUGCAAGAGUGUUGAGAGACAAUCACUUGUGUUGAUUUUAUUUGGUGCUACUGACUACUGGAUUAAAAGACCAUUAGGUUGGGACAAAAUCUUCACAGCCAUUGUUUUAAAAGAUAGCCUCUUCACUUGACCAGGAGUUUUUUUUGUUUUUUUUUUUAAACCAUGAGCUGCUCACACAAUGAACUCUUAGUUUGAUGUCAACAUGACGCGCACUGAGACGCUCCUACGAAACUAUCUACAUCUAUACAUCACAUUCAUAUGGAGCGCUUCCCUUUUCCAAAAAGACAUUUUUAACACUGCUUUCAUUGUGGAUGAAGCCAUUUUCAAAGCAGUCCACUUUGGCAAGCCCGUUAAUGAGUGGAGGACUGACAACCGGACAGAUGGAUGCUGCUCUGACUCUGAGGGAGACCGGCUGCGCGUCCUUUGGAGAGAAACUCUGAAAGUGGAAACAAAGAGACCUUGAUACAAAUCACUACAGUCUGUGUGGACAUUAACAAAAAAAAAAAAAAGAUACAGCAGUACCAUUAUGGAGCUUGUCCCCAAAACAAAGUACACCCACUUUCGGAGUGAAUCGCUCAGCUCCACUGAUGAAACAAACUUCAAUCCAUCGUCCUUCCCUCCUUCCAGUCCUGCCACCCCUCUCACUCCCUCUCCUGGUUUACCUUCAUCCCUGUCGUCCUCCUCUCUUACUCCCAUCUUGCCCUCCUCCUCUCCCCGGCUACCAGAGAACAGCCCCACCACCCUCUGCUCCUUCUUCCCAAGGAUGGGCUCCUUGCGCUUAGGUGUCUCCGCCACUCUUCUCCCUGGACUCAAGGCCUCUAGCAGGCCGCUGCAUCCCCGGCGACGUGGGGAGUCUCCCAGGGAAAACAGGAGCAGCUCCAGCUCAUCUCCUCCCUCGCAUCAUCCAUUCCCCCCUUUAACUGCUCCUUCUCCCCCUCCCCGACCCCCCCUACAGGACAUGAACCGGCUGGGAGGGGCGUCCAGGAGGGCACGGGUUGAAGGUGCUCAACUUGGAGGAGAUGAGUGGACACGGCAUGGAUCCUUUGUCAACAAGCCUACCCGUGGCUGGCUACACUCCGACAACGUGGUCAGCACCACCGGUGUCACCUACUCUGUACGGUACAUGGGUUGUGUGGAGGUUCUACAAUCCAUGCGAGCGCUAGACUUCAACACCAGAACUCAGGUCACCAGGGAGGCCAUAUCGGUGGUGUGCGAGGCCGUGCCUGGAGCCAAAGGAGCCCAGCGAAGGAGAAAGCCGUCUUCACGCUGCCUCACGUCUAUUCUGGGCAAGAGCAACCUGCAGUUUGCUGGCAUGACAAUCAGCCUCACCAUUUCCACCAGCAGCCUCAACCUGCUGGCAUCCGACUGCAAACAGAUAAUCGCCAGUCAUCACAUGCAGUCCAUCUCCUUUGCCUCUGGAGGAGACCCAGACACGGCUGAGUAUGUAGCGUAUGUGGCCAAAGACCCAGUCAACCAGAGAGCGUGUCAUAUUCUCGAAUGUUCUGAGGGUUUAGCCCAGGAAGUCAUCAGCACCAUCGGUCAGGCCUUUGAAUUGCGCUUCAAGCAGUACUUAAAGAACCCGCCCAAACUUGUCACCCCUCAUGACAGAAUGGCUCCCUUUGAUGGCUCUGCAUGGGAGGAGGAGGACGAUGAGGCGGCCCUCUUGCCUGACGUCCCUUACUAUAACAACUUCCCUGGUAAACAGCCUCCCCCUGGUGGUCUAGUUGACAUGAGACCACGUCCUGGAGCCACACUGCCUUAUGGACAGCCGGGUCAGAAUGACAUUCACAAGCAGCCCCUGCCGCCUCUGCCAGUAGGUGGCAAGGAAGGAGGGCGAGAGCUGUUUGAUGAUCCCUCUUACGUCAAUGUGGAUAAACCCCGCCCACCAGUUGCCGCCAAUGGAAAUGCUCACAGAGAUGCUUUUGACAUGAAGCCAUUUGAUGAUGCCCUUGGGGGCUCCAUUACUGCAGCGCCCCCUCUGGUGGAGCAGCUCCAAUGCGAGACCUGGUUCCACGGCAGCUUAAGUCGCAGGGAGGCGGAGAGGCUGCUGAGCCGUGACGGAGACUUUCUAGUGCGAGAGUCCGGAACCACGCCGGGGCAGUACGUGCUCACGGGACAACAGGGCGGUCAGCCGAAACACCUGCUCCUCGUCGACCCGGAGGGAGUGGUUCGUACAAAAGACCAUCGGUUUGAGAGCGUGAGUCACCUGAUCAGCUACCACAUGGACAACAGACUCCCCAUUGUGUCUGCGGGAAGUGAAGUGUGUCUGCAACAGCCGGUGGAGCGCAGAUCCUAAAAAAUAUAUAUAUAUAUAUAUAUAAAACUCCUCCACCAAAUGCAACCACAGAAAUACACACAAAAAAGCCAAAAGGAAAAAAAGUGUGCAAAGUUUCUGACAUGCUGCUGUUGCAAAGCAAACUGUGAACUGCCAUCCCAUCUAUCAGGCAAGCGACCUUGAAGCACUGCUGCGUUGUCUCCACAGCCUACUGUGAAGCAAGGAGGAAAGUCCAAGAAAAACAAAUGCAAUUUAAAAAGAAAACCACCAUGGGGGGGGGGGGGGGAGUCUUAAUCUUUAAUAACGCCACGAAAAUGCAAUCUGGAAAUUUGCAUGAACAGAAUAUGAGCUUGCAUGCUUUCAUUGUGAUUUCCCUCCUUGAAUGUGUUGCCAGGGAGGAAAAGGUUUUUUUUUUUCGUUUUUUUUCUUUCUUGUUUUGAAUAAACUCUUCCCUUCAAGAGUCAUCUUGGAGACACCGAACACUCCCUUCUUUAAGGACCGAACAUGUGGUGAAGGCGAUGGAAAGCAUGUAUGUAAAACUGGGACUGCAAUGUUGCUGUUUAUACAUAUAUACACAUA